UAGAGUUCCGUACCCAAAGGGUAAAACGGGACCCUAUUACUAAGACUCCGCUGUCCGUCCGUCCGUCUGUCACCAGGCUGUAUCUCACGAACCGUGAUAGCUAGACAGUUGAAAUUUUCACAGAUGAUGUAUUUCUGUUGCCGCUAUAACAACAAAUACUAAAAACAGAAUAAAAUAAAGAUUUUAGUGGGGCUCCCAUACAACAAACGUGAUUUUUGACUGAGGUUAAGCAACGUCGGGCGGAGUCAGUACUUGGAUGACCGUUUUCUUUUUUGCCGUUUUUUGCAUUAUGGUACGGAACCCUUCGUGCGCGAGUCCGACUCGCACUUGCCCGGUUUUUGAGUUUUAUAAUGUUUUCCGAGCAAAGCUCGGUCUCCCAGAUAUUAUUGUUAACAGUGCAAUACUUAACAUAUUUCAGAUAACAAUAUAUCCCUCGAAUUAAUGAAAUGUAUGAAAUCUGAAGAGUUACAGGAACUCAUUCCGAAUAUAAGAGACAGAAUUUUGUUCAAAUCUGGGUUGGAACAGCUCUACAAAGUUAUAGACGAAACGUCAACGGAAGCGGCAACAACAAGUGACAUAGAUUCGAGUAAUGAUGGUAUAUCAGCGCCGUGUAGUCCAUCAGGGCGUGCGUCCAGUUUAUCCAGUGUGUCCAGCUGUAACGAGAACCCUCGAUCCGGAAAAAAUCCACGCGAAAUCGAUAUAACAACAAUUUUGAACGAUAAUAACCACGGUAAACUAGUUUUGGCACGUUUGAAAACGUGCAAGAAGCUCGACGCUACUUUUAGAUCCCAUCUAACCAAAAGUAUUGUUGAGUGGUACCUUAAGCAUAACGAAUGCAUGAAAAAGGAAGAUUUUAUGGUUAUAGCUGAAGCAAUUCAAGUCUUUAUUCCCACGGAAUUAAAGGAGACAUACUACAUACCUGGUUUGAAAUACAACAACAAAUAUAGACCUGCCAAAGGAAAACUGAUAGAUAGGUAUAAUAAUCAAAGGAGACUAUUAAAACGAGAAGGUGUUCUUGGCCGGAAAAGAAAACUUCAAAUUGAAAAUAUUGAUCAGGAACAUUCAGCAGACAUUGAAGAAGACGAGGAAACCGUUAUAUGGCUUCAGUACAACAAAGAGCCGUUUCAAGAAGUAAAAGAUAAAUGGCUGCAAACUAGAAAAUAUCGCAUACAAACAGAUUACAAAAACUCCACCAAAAAUUUGCAAGACAUAUUAAAGAAAUACCCCUUGUUAAAGCAGAGUUUUGGCUUUCAGCUUAUUGAGUUGGACUUUGAAUACAGCCAUCCUAAAAGGGGCAUCUCACUGUUUGUGAAGUUUCCAGAGUUUUUAGAAAAAGCUAAUGCUGCUUUUAUUGGCGUGAAAGUAUUUCAAGAUUUGAAGAUCCUCUUCAACAACACAACACAAGAAGACACGAAAACAUUUAUUGCUUUGUCCCUACUUUGUGGGAAACUUGUCCCGACUGUCGGCAGAUCUGAUAAUAGAAGGAACGAUAAAAACGAAAAGCGCUCGUCAAAGGAUUUGGCUGACCAAAAAAAAUAUAACAAACCGACCAUAUUAGAAUCACGUGACAGCUUGAUAUUGCAUGUGAAGACUCAGAGUGACAUUCAGAAUUGCCUUGCAACACGUCGGGAUAUCCACCUUAAGAAAGGACUCACAUGCCAACCAGUGGUAAUUUGCGUCGGGCCAGACGUCGAAAAUAUUACGGAGUUCUACGUCAAUUUUGAUGACGUCACUUACCAGCUGGAGUCUCUUUUAAAAGCUGUUGACAUUUGCUUCAAAACCUUUCAUGUAUUUGAUAUAAAAUAUCCCCGCGAGAGUAUUCAGCCGUGGAUGUUCAUACAACGGUACUUUUAUGAAAUUCACACGCCACAAGAUCAUACAUUUCCGAGUGUUGCCACUUUAAUUGCAGAUUUAAUGUAAGUUACUAUCAAUGUUUCUUUAGUGAAAAUGACGUUUAAUUGCUUUAUCUGUAAUUUCGAGUUAAAAUCCCUGAAAGGUUUGUUUUUACAUUUUGACUUGAAACAUAAUAAUUUAUCUGAAUAUAGUUGUGCACAGUCUACAUGCAACAGACGCUUUCAAAAUAUAAAAAGCUAUAAGAGACAUCUACUCAGUCACAAUAUCUGUAAGCGGGGUAAAUCUCAAUCUAAUAAUGCUACUAAUAUUAGAACACAAAGAAAUCAUACACACACACAUUGUGAAUCAAGUGAGCCGAGUAGUAGUUGUAUUCUCCACAAUGAAUCCGAACAAAAUAAUGACUUUGAAGUAACAUGUAUUGAAAAUUGUGAAACAGAAAUAUUACGAAAUGAUACGUUACCUAAUUGUGCUUUUUCACAAGUUUCAAAGCUAACCAGUUCAGACGACAUAGCUGAUACAAAUGAAAAAACCGUUUAUGAUAACAGCCAUAUUGAAAAUUUACAAAACAAAGCAUUACAAUUUGCUUUGUCCCUUUAUAGCAAUCCAAAUUUAAACAGGGCUACGGCAGCAAACAUUUUAACUGAAAUAACACAGAACAUAACUAAAGUGAUUGGUGAGACUUUAAGUCAUUACAUGUCAGAUGCUGUAAACAACAGUUCUAUUCAAGCUGUAAUUGAUGUAUGUUCCACUCCGUUUGAAAAAGUUGACACAGAAUGGAAACUUUUACAGUACUUUGAAGGAUUAGGUUGUUAUAUUAAACCCCAGCAAUAUAUAAUAGAUUCUUCUGUGAUACCAUGCUUACAAAAUGGCUCUAACAUAUUACAAACUAAAACGGCCAAAGGGACAAUGGUGUCACUGAAGGAGUUGUUUAAAUGUUUUUUUGAACUACCAUCCGUGUUUGAAUCAACUUUAACAAAUAUGGAAAAUUUACAGAGUCAAACCGGAAAGCCACUGAGCAAUUUCAUUCAAGGAUCUCUAUGGAAAUCGAAAAUUUUAGGUAGGAGUGGAAUAUUCAUCCCUUAUUUUUUAUAUUUUGAUGAUUUUGAAACGGGCAAUGCUUUAGGCAGCCAUUCAGGCAAACAGUCCAUCGCAGCCACAUACUUGAGUUUUCCAACUCUUCCGUUGGAGUAUUUAUCAUUAUUGGAAAAUAUACUAGUUGCGUCACUGUUUAACACAUCCCUAAAAAAGUUUGGUAAAGAUUCACUUUUUCAUUUACUUAUCAGUGAAUUGAAAGAUUUGGAAACAGAAGGUAUUGAUAUAGUAAUUGAAAGUAAAACACAAAAAGUAUAUUUUGUCCUUGGUUUGAUUAUUGGCGAUAACUUGGGCUUAAACUAUUUGUUAGGAUUUAGUCAAUCAUUUUCCAGUAAUUAUUACUGCAGAAUUUGUAAAACUCACAAGUCAGUAAUGUGUAAACAAACAGUUGAGUCAGUUUGUACUUUGAGAAACAAAGACAAUUAUACUAAAGAUUUAAUUUCAAAUGACCCAACCGGAACAGGCGUAUACGGAGAUAGUAUUUUCAAUACUCUUCCAACCUACCAUGUAACUGAAAAUAUGGCAGUUGAUAUCAUGCACGAUAUUUUUGAAGGUGUUUGUCAUUACGAUAUAUGCAACAUGUUAUUGCACUAUGUUCAUAGGACUAAAUUAUUUAGUUUGAGCACUUUAAACAGCCGAUUAUCAUUAUUUGAUUAUUCUGCCAAGGAAUUAGAUCAAAAGCCCGCAACGGAAAUAACCAUUGACAAUUUAAAAAAUAAAAAAUUAAAAAUGAGUGCAUCUGAGAUGUCUUGUUUCGUUAAUAUUUUACCUUUUCUUAUUGGAGAUCUCGUUCCAGAAGAUGACAGAGUCUGGAACUUAUUUUUGAACUUGUUAAAAAUUAUUGAUAUUUUGUUAAUGUCUGAAAUUGACUGUUCAACAGUAGAAUAUCUCAAAUAUUUAAUAACAGAACACCAUGAACAAUAUCUCGAAUACUUUAAUGACACGUUAAAGCCUAAACAUCAUUUUAUGAUACACUACCCUCAUAUUAUAAAACGUAUAGGACCUCUAAAGCACAUUUGGUGCAUGCGAUUUGAAGCAAAACACAAACAAUUAAAACAAACUGCUUAUAAUACAUCAUCUAAACGCAAUAUACCUCUCACUUUAAUGAUAAAACAACAGUUAAACGUUGCACAAAGAGUUCAUACUAGGCAGGGUUUCUCUGACAGACUUACAUGUGGAAGCGUUGAUAACACUACAAUGAUUCCUGAAUUAACCAACGCGACAGUAAACGGAUCUAGUAUACGUGAUAUUCGAAUAAAUUGGGUGACAAAAUAUGGCACUAUGUUUAAGCCUGGUUUAAUUUUUACCAUUUUCAAUGAGCAAGAAGUUAUAUUUUACAAAAUUGUUUAUAUACUUAAAUUAGAGCCAGCCAUUUUUUUAUUAUGUAAAGUUCUUAUUAAUAUUGGUUUCAAUGACCACCUUCAAGCAUAUCAGCUACACGAAACUAAUUGCACGAGUAAUUUUGAAUGCCUUAAAUUAGAGAACGUUACAAGUCUUCCAAUAGUUCCUCAUUUGGUGCCUAAUGGAGAUAUGUAUUGCAGGGUGAAAUAUUAAUAGUUAUACCUAUUGGGUAUUUUAUUAUGUUUAACAUAUUUCAGAAAACAAGGUUUCCUUCAAAUUAAUGUAAAGUAUGUAAUCUGAGGAGCUGAAAGUCCAACUCCAUCUGCAAAUCAUAAACCAGCUGCUUACAGUCAUAAUUCAUACAUUUUCAUAAGAUAGUGUACAUGCAGGUUCAUACAGGUUUACAUAUAAGUAGAAAUCAACUACCUCAUUUGGUACAAAAUUAUUAAUAUCUGCAAUUAAGGCGGCAUCACUCGGUUUAUGUUCUUCUCUCAAAACUCUGGCACUCUGCUUCAACAUUUAAUGUACCGUUAGAAAAUAGUACUGUUUUACAACUUUCAAACGCUAUCAUUUCUAUGUUUUAUAUAAAUUUUGGUAUAUAGGCGCCACUAUCUAUAGAGCAAUAGGGCACUUUUCAGCCGUCCUAAUAUAAGGAAAAAUAGGGGCUAUUCCCACUAGUUACCACCAAGCUGUUACCAGUGGUAACUACUGGGAUUUUUUUCUCCACCUUUUACCCUUUUUGUUAAAGUUCAAACCUAAUAAAAACAGUAUAAAUUGUAUCGUAUAAAUACAGAGUAGUUUAAUAAAUAAUGAUAUGUCCAUUAGUGUUCCAGUAAACUGCCUUAAAGUGAUAAAUAAUAGUUUGUUUUUAACUGAUUUGUAUGUUCGUCCGUAUAAUUAAUUCGAGUUACAAUUAAUAAGAUAAAUCUCAUUCAAGCGUUAAUUUCUCAUUGACUAUUUUAGUUUUUGCACUUGCACGGGUAAAACUGUUUUUAUUUUUAUUUUUAAUCACUUUUAAGGCAGUUCACUGAAACACUAAUCGGCUUAAGUAUAAUUAUUUAUUAAAGUACAAUAUAUACAGCGUGUUUGGUACAUCGUUUGCCAAAUUAAAACGGCAGAUAGGUUGAGUCAUUUGCUAUCUUCUCAGGCCUAGAAAUGUUUAAUUUGGUGCAAAAAAAAUUCUUCCCUUCUAUGACAGUUUUUCGUACUUAAAUUUCAAAUUUUUAUUUUCGUAGUUGUAAAAAAAUACCAUGGCCAAUUUUGUUUUUCUAGGUAUGAGAACAUAGCAAAUGACUCAAGCUAUCUGCCGUUUUAAUUUGGCAAACGAUGUACCAAACACCCUGUAUAUACAACAGUAUAUAUACUGUUUUUAUUAGUUGUUGAAUUUUAGUGGUAACUACUGGGAAAAAAAUCCCAGUAGUUACCACUGGUAAUUGGUGGUAACUAGUGCGAAUAACCCGAAUAAUGCAAUAACUAUAUAUUAUAUGAGAUUGAUACAUAGUUACUGCGUAUUUUAUUAGGACGGCAGCUUUGUGUAGUAAAUUUUUUAUGGCAGAAUUGCUUGUAGGGAGGUGGCUACCUUUUAGAGUGUUUUCCAUAGUAGUCUAUUUUAUAAUAAAUUAUAUAUUUUGUUAGAGCCAGCCAUGACUGAGCAAAUACUAAAUAAGAUUAAUGAAUGAUACACAUGAGUUGCGUUCUCGCGCGCGACUCCAUACUUGAAGUCGCGCCAGAUGUAUGGAGUCGCGCGCGAGAACGCAACUCAGCCCACCUACCCCAUUGCGAUUUUGUAGUCGUUUCGCAGUUGAAAUCAAGGCUCUGAACCGGUUUUUUCUUCAUACAAAAAAUACCGGUAUUAUUACGUUCUUUUUCGUUCUUUGGUUUUAUUAUUUCAUUUUUGACAAUCUAAUAAUAAGAAGUUGUUACCUAAAUACAUGAUUCAGUCCUACGUAAAGAGCAUAAAAUAAUUAAAAAUAUUGGGGCUAUUUUGGGUUUUACAAAAAACCGGUUCCGAGCCCUGAUUGAAAUGCAGUCGAGCUAUUAUAUCUUUUCGUUUUUAGAUUUGAACAUAUUUAAUCUAAUAUGCUACUAUAUAUCCCAAAAACCAUUUUGUAUUUCAUGACCCAUGUUCCGUGGGAAAAGUUGUUCAGUUUUGUGAGUACCUACUGUACUGUCACUAGGUUUCGGGUUAAGUAUACAGGGUUUUUGUAACACCUUGAAUAUAUAUUCGCACAUAUAUAUAUAUAUAUGUAUAAAGCAUCAUAAUAUGCGCGCCACCUAAACCUAAUUCGAUUUUUUUUCUACCUGUGGUAGGUUCAAUUGUUUAAGAAUAAACUUUUUGUCGUAUGAA